UAGCCAGGCUCCCAACAGAUACGUUAGCGGCAAGCUGAGCUACCGAAGGCUAGGUUAUCGUCUAGCUAUGCUACUAACAGCUACGUUAGCUGCUAGCUGUGCUACUAAAUCUACGUUAGCGUGAGGUUCUAUCAAAACCGACAGAACGACUUUUGCCCAACUAAAGUGUUGAGUACUAUAGCUGACUGUAAGUCGAUCGGCUUGUCGUGUCGGCCGAUGCUUCAGUUGUCACUCAAAUAUUUGGACGCAGAAGUCUGUUCUGAUCAAUGUUUAUUAACCUGUAGCUCUGCUUAAGCUGGUUAGUUUAUUCAGGAAGUUGCUUGUGUUUUUUUUAGUUUACAAUGCGUUUCGGACUGGUGUUUGACCCUGUUGACCAUCUAAACAGCCGGAUGUAGCGGUGUGGUGAAACGUCCUCCCCGUCACACAGCAUGGAUAGCUUCUUCAAGGCUGCCGUGUGUGACCUCGACAAGCUGCUGGAUGACUUCGAGCUCAAUACAGAAGAGCACGACUGCAGAACCGUGUACCUGAAGUCCUCUGCGCAUGCCGUCCCUUCGCCGGGCCCUCAGUGUUUACCUCCGGAUGGUUCCUCCACAGGGCCACCUAGCCUGCCUGACCUCAACUCUCUCCACUAUGGCUCGGCCCCUGGCUGCACCGACCGCCCGGCCAGCCACCAGCACCUCCACAACCAGCCACACUCUGGGGCUGACAAACCCAAGGGACAGCCCCUCACCGGCGUGGACCUCCUCUCUUCUGUGGACCGCCGGCCCGCCAAAGGCUCCACCCCUCCAUGUCCGGACCGCACCCUGAAGCCCCAGUGCGACCUCGUCAGCGACACGAGCUCUGCCAUACUGGACCGAGCCGGCGGCCAUGACACCUUCAGGGAGCUGGACCUGGCGGAGAGACGGAUGGAGAAGGAGGAGGAGGAAGAAGAAGAAGUAGUAGAAGAAGAAGAAGAAGAGGAGGCCCUGCUGGUGGAUUUUGCCAGCCCUGUGAUCCCCCAUGUAUGGGAGGGGGCAUGGGCCAAUCGAGGUGUGGGCGCUGUGGAUGCUGAGCUGCAGCGGGCGUCAGGUGGGAACGUGGAGUCACUGGGUCAGAUCGCAGAGGGAUACUCUGCCUCCCUCAGUCUUCUGGACGUCAUUCUUCCGGCCGCAGUCGAUCGGAGCUGCGAGCCCGCCGACGAUGCCGUGUCCAAUGCAUCGGAGCUCCGCGAGGAGGAGGAGGAGGAGGAGGAGGAUGAUGAUGAACAUGAGGAGGUGGGGGAUUUGUCUCAUGUGGUCCAACAAGUGGGGAACUCUUUGGGCUACUUUGAACCAGCAUGCACCCCGCCCGAUAACACUCUCCACAACAACAACUGCAACACCGACAACGACAUAGUCUCAGAAGAGCCACUAGAGGAGCCCGCGGAGACGGGCCAUCAGCAGGACAGCCGCGAAACAGAGCCCCCCUCCAAACCAGACACCUCGGACAGUGUGCCAGCGAGGUUGUCCUGCCUGUCCAUGUGCGGGGCUCUGGUGAACCCGACCAGUACUGCGAAAGACUCCCUGGAAGCCGCGUCGAGCGGGGACGCCGCGUCGGGGGUGUCCGACAGCACGGAGGCCGAGUCCGUUUCCCCCCCCGAGAGCGGCAAGGACACGUUCCGCUCCGACGAGCGAGUGAAGCCAGAGGUCCCCCGUCCCCCCCGGCAGCCAGCAGGGGGCGGCGUCUCUCUCACUCCCCGGCCCCAGUGUCUGGGCUCCUCCGACACCCUCCCCGCCCUCGCCAUGGCUGCUGCGGAGUCUCGCGUCGCAGAUGAAGGCCUGGGCGACUCCCCCGAGUUCGGCUUCGAGUUCCUGCCCGAGAGCGACCAGGCGGAGCUGCUGGUCACGGACGAGGAGCUGGACGCCUUCCUGCAGGCCCACGCCGAGGCCGAGCAGGCGGAGGGCGGGGCCUUCCUCGCCAGCCGGUCUGGCGAGUGCGGCGGCGGCGGCCCCGGCGGCGGCGGCGGCGGCCCCGGCGGCGGCGGCCUCUCGGGCCUGUCCAACGGGGACGCCGACCCGGAGCACCGGCUGGUGGAGGAGGAGCUGGGGGGCUGCUGCGAGGCCUCCUCUCCGGAAGGGGAGCGCGGGGCAGCCGGCGUUCCCACGGGCGAGCGCCUGGACCCCACGCAUCCAUCCAACGCCCUCAGCUCCUACCAGCUGGAGCCCGAACUCUGUUCCCGUGUCAAGCCCUCCGCCAACAACACCCCCGUGCAGCCCCCGCACGUAGCCAGCCCUGAUUUGCAGUCCUCCUAUGGAGGAGCGAGACCCAAGCAGCUCCACUGCCAGGCGGCCACCCCCUCCCCCGCGGCCGAGGAUGAGCAGCGGAUCCCCACCGCGGCCAGCGGCACCGCCGACGUCCCGCCCUCCCCGGACGACGACGACGCGACCCCCACCUCCCCGCCGCACCCCCAACACCCACCCACGGGGGGCGGUCACGACAACGGCGACCCCAGGCUGCUCUACACCCCGCAGGGUCACGACCCCUCGUACAACGAGCUGUCGGAGCCCCCGCCCUACCCCGGGGACACCUCCGGGGAGUACUCGGGGUCGGUGGACGAAGGCUCGGACGAGGGGCUGGGCUGCAGGCAGCCGUCCUGGGUGCCGGACGCCGAGGCGCCCAAGUGCAUGGGCUGCGACCUGAGGUUCACCUUCACCAGGCGGCGGCAUCACUGUCGUGCCUGUGGGAAGGUCUACUGUGCUAUCUGCUGCAAUAGGAAAUGCAAGCUCCAGUACUUGGAGAAGGAGGCGCGCGUGUGCAACAGAUGCUUUGAGAGCAUACAAAGAGCCCUGGCCCUGGAGCGCAUGAUGAGUCCCACUGGACCCAGCCCAAACCCUAACGUUCCCUCUGAGUACUGCAGCACCAUCCCUCCCCUACAACAGGCCCGGGCCGCAGGCACCCUCAACUCCCCCCCUCCCACCGUCAUGGUGCCCGUGUCCGUUCUCAAACACCCCAGCAAUGACGGUGGUCCCAGGGAGCAGAAGCGCGUGUGGUUCGCUGACGGCAUCCUGCCCAACGGGGAGGUGGCAGACACCAGCCGGCUGGUGGUGACGGGCCGACGGAGUUCUCAGGAGAGUAGCCCCGUCUCCCCGGACCCUCCCAUACUCAGCCCGGGCGGCUCGGACGCCCGGCCCGGAGGAGGAAGAGGAGGGGGAGGAGGAGGAGGAGGAGGAGGAGGAGGAGGUGGGUCUGCUCCGGAGGCCCCCGCGGCCCCCGAGGUGGUGCGUCCUCCGGUGUCGGGGCCCUGGGACUACGCCCUGCUGUGCAGCAUCGGGUGUCCCUCCAGCAGGGGCUGCAGCAUGCUGCCGGAGGCUGAGGGCGAGCUGCCCCCCCUCAUCAUCACCACCGGGGACGAUGAGACCCAAGCCGUAUUGGUGGAGGAAGGUCCCGCCCCCUGCCAGAUCAUGCUGCUAUUGGAGGAGGGGGGACCCCAGCCUUUGACCUUUCUUCUGAACGCUAACCUGUUGGUUAAUGUCAAACUGGUAACAUACUGCGACCAGCGCUGCUGGUGUUUCGGCUCCAACGGCCUGAAGGCGCUGGGCCAGAGGGAACUUGUGUUCCUGCUGGAGCGUCUGCCAGAAGAGAAGACCCUGCCAAGGGACCUCUUCUCGCUGUAUCUCAACAUUUAUCAAGAUGCCCAAAAUGGGAAGUUUGUGGAGGACCUGGGCAACGUGACGUUCACCAGCAGCUUCCUGGGCAGUAAGGAGCACGGGGGCAUGCUGUUCUUCGCGCCCACCUGCCAGCCCCUGGAGGGCUUGAGCGUGCCGCCCCAGCCCUUCCUCUUCGGCCUGCUCAUCCAGAGGCUGGAGGUGCCCUGGGCCAAGGUGUUCCCCCUGCGGCUGCUGCUGCGGCUGGGCACUGGACACAGCGUGUACCCCACUACGCCCGUCAGCACGCGCUUCAGGGAGUCUGUGUACAGAGAGACCGGACACACCAUCAUGAACUUACUAGCGGACCUGAGGAACUACCAGUACAGUAUAGCUAUAGUCGAGGGGCUGAGGAUACACAUGGAGAUGGGCCACAGCUAUAUCGACAUCCCCAAGAGUCGCUUCAAUGAGAUGCAGAAGGUUGUGAACUCGUCCAACGAGCAUGUCAUUAGCGUGGGAGCCACGUUCAGCUCGGAGGCGGACUCUCACCUGGUCUGCUUCCAGAAUGAAGACGGAAACUACCAGACCCAGGCCAACAGCAAGCCUGGCCACACACGCACAGUCACCGGAGCCAGUUUUGUCGUGUUCAACGGAGCCCUCAAAGCGUCUUCGGGCUUCAUCGCCAAGUCCAGCAUCGUGGAGGACGGGUUGAUGGUUCAAAUCCCCCCCGAGACCAUGGAGUCCCUGCGCGCCGCGCUGAGGGACCAGACCGACUUCCUGAUCCCGUGCGGGAAGAGCGACGGCGGGGAGCUGCGGGAGAACGUCACGGUGCGCUGGGUGGACCGGACCGCCGCACUCAACGCAGGGGUGACCAGCGCUGUGGACGGCCGGUCGCUGGACGGCGUCCACAGCCUCCGGACGCAGCACGACUCUGAGUUUGAGUCGGACGGCCGCGUCAUACGAUGCACUGAGGUCUUCUACCAGCUGAAGAGCAGCGAGGGUUGCCUGGCGACGGUGGUGUCGUCCAGCAGUGUGUUCCAGAGGGAGAUGUCCCUGGCCACCUGCAGCGCCCUGGCCCCCCACCUCGCCGUGCUGGCGUCCCGCGGGAUCAACUCCCUCGCCCUCCGAGUCUCCACACAGGCAGACAUGGUGGAGUACCAGGCGGGCUCGGGGGGCCGGCUGCUCCCCCAGUGCUACAUGAACGACCUGGACAGCUCCCUGAUCCCCGUCAUCCACGGGGGCAGUGCCGGCGUGCCCCAGGUCCCCGUGGACAUGGAGUUCCUCUUCUACAUCACGCACAUCAUGUGAUCCACGCGCGCACGCACACCUAGGCACGCACGCGCACACGCACACACACUUAGGCACGCACGCACACACACAAACACACACUAACACAGGCACGCAUGCACACGCAUAAACGCGGGCACACACACACACUUGCAUACACAGACACUAGACUUACACACACACGCUUACAUACGCACACGCAUCAACACACACACACCUACACACUCCCUCAUGAACACCUUAUGGAAUAUCAAGGACAAGCCAAUAUUGAGGGUCGACGUGGCUGUGGUUUCCCUGGCAAACAAACGCUAUUGACAAUGGGGAAGACAGCGUGCACGGAUGGAUUUAUAAAGAUUGUAUGAUAGAGAACCGAGACUCAAGCCAGGUUUCUGUCGGGCGAUUUCUGUUUGUUUUUGUGGUUACCAAAGUGGCUUUGAUCCAAGAGGCCAAACACUAAACAUGUAAAAUAUUGAUAAUAUGACCAAAUAUAUGAAAUGAUUCUAUUUUCUUCUGUUCUGGCCUCGGUCGGCUCCUCGCAUCUCAGUGAAUUUCUCAGAUGGACUCUGUCUAAAAUGAUUUAGAUUUAUUUAUUAUAUUCCCUAGGGGUCAAAUGAUGUGUCGUAUCCAGAGGAAUGAUAUGAAAUGAAUUGGUAUGAUGGACAGAUGUGUGCUCAGUGUUUCACAGUACAUCUAUGUGAUGAUAGGGUGCAUCGGUCAAAUGCUGGAACUAAUUUACACUACUAUUCUUUUUAUCGCUUAUAACUGAAAUGUAAUAUUUAAACUGCACACGAUUCAAGCGGUCAGCAUUGUAUUUUCCCUGCCAAACAAGGUCUUGUAGUUAGAUGUGGUCAGGAUUGGAAGACAAGCACCCCAAAUAAACUCAUCUCAAUUACAACAGUCUAUAUCUGGUUAGUAAGAAAUAUCCUCGCUUUCCCUCCCGUUUAAAUCCUCCGAUCCCUUUUUAAGUCUUGUUCUCUUUUGUCAUUUUGUUAACUAUGUGAUCUAGUGUUUUUUCAGACAAGCAGUCAUGGCCAAAACACCAGCAUCACAUAUUCCUGUUAAAACUUUAGAUCUAAUAGUCACUACAUUCAGUUUCUCUCAUGUAAACGUGCCGUCCUUUAAAACUAAGCUUUAGAGCAGUACUCACGCAAACGACUACAUCCAUGUGGAUAAGUUAGUUAAAGCCUUCCUUUGGGAAAGCCCACCACCUCUUGACUAUUUCAUUGUAAGCGCAAAGCUAUAGAAGGCAUUUAGCUAAAAUAUGUGUCUUUACAGAAACUAAGGUACGCUUACAUGUGCUGAAGCUUUUCAAGAGAAUGGUGGGCUGGCAAUUAUUCUCCGUUGGCGAAACCAACAGUAACAUGCUGUCAAAAACGGAUGCAGAUCUGGAACCAGAUCAAUAUGUAUUUGAAGUAUACUUCAAGUUGCCAGCGAACCUCAUCAGUCCCAUAAUAGCUGUAGCUCUUUGUUCUCCAGUGUAUAUGUAUUGCUCUGUUGGACAUUUUAAAGAUAUUAAACUAUUUUUGAACAUUUCGUAUUAAAAGUUUUAUCAAAAAGA